AUGACGGAAACCACAGGCAGUAGAGGCACUGAACAGGAAGAUGAGGGAGUUCCUCUGUUUGUCCCACCUGGAUCUAAUGAAUUACUUUUAAAAUUUAUAAAUUCAGCUCACUUUACUAUAUACCAUAAUAUUGAAUACUUGACACGUUAUGCGGGUAAUAUUGGUAUUCAUCAUUACAUAUGUCAGAAGCUCUUAACAUUUCCACAUACAGAGUUACAGUUUUACAUCCCGCAGUUGGUUCAGGUGUUGCUUACUAUCGAAACGGAGUCUAUGGCACUUGAAGAUCUGCUUCUUAAGCUUAGCGGUGAAAACCCACAUUUUGCAUUAUUAACGUAUUGGCAAUUACAUGCGUUGCUUUCAGAUUUGGCGAUGGACCCUGAAUCAUAUGGGUUUCAAGUCGCUCGUAGGGUUAUUAAUAAAUUACAAUCGGUUCUUUGCAGCACUAGUUUGGUAGUACCUGAGUCUAAGAUCAACGAGAACUUAUUUCCUUCUAUUGUUCUUUGUUCUAUGGUACUGAGCUCUUUUGCUUGCUCCAUGUUGGGUCAGUAUGCCAAACCUUUGGUUGAAUCACAGGGGAAAAGGCAAAGAAGCCAUGUUUUUAAAUUGGCGAAGAAUGCUAUGCGAAAUAUAACCAAGAAUUUAACGAUUAAUAACUCUCUCACUAAUACGAAAUUUUCAACAGGUAAACAAACAAUUAACCAUCAUGUUGAUAUCGUUGAGUCUACAAAUAGAAAAGAAGAUGCAUCGUUCAAAAAACCUAAAGAAAGAUCUGCUCCGUCGUUGGAUUUUGAUAUGAUUGAUAAUGUGGGGAAACAGUUAUUUGAAGACAAACUAUCCAACUCUAUUGUUCUUCCCAAGAGGCGGCAGAAGAUUACUGACAAAUCUUAUAUGCAUAAAAUAUAUAAGUCGAAAAUUUUGGGCCCUAGGCUGAACACAGGUGAUGAAUUUACCAACUCGAUGCCCAAUUUACAUGCCAGCACAUAUUCCAGUUCUUCAUUGGGCUCGUUCAGGGAACGAAAGUCGUUCGACUACCAAAAUACUACUGUAGGUAAUAAAAAUGGCGGUACUGAAUUCAAGAAAGGUCAUUCAAGAAAGAGUUCUCGCCAUGGUGCUAAUAUUUACAAUCUGGAGCCUUCUAAUUUAUCUACCACACAGAAGAUUAAGAUUUUAAAGUCCAAUUACUUUCGUUGCGAAAUGCAGUUUGCGAUUGCGUUAGAAACAAUAUCACGUAAAUUGGCUCAAGUUCCAGUUGAGGCUCGUCUCACGUCCUUGAGAGCUGAAUUGUCUAUGUUAAAUAAAGAUUUGCCAGCGGAAGUUGAUAUUCCGACUUUGCUACCUUCGAACAAAAAGGGAAAGCUGCAUAGGAUAAUGCAUGUAGCCGUUAAUGAAGCACAGGUACUAAGUUCUGCUGAAAAGGUCCCCUUUUUAAUCUAUAUUGAGUAUUUGAGAGAUGAUAUGGAUUUUGAUCCAACAACAGAAAGGAACGAAGCUUUGUUGAGAGAAAAACCCGAAGAUGGGAGUUUCAUAUUCGAUUUGAGCUAUAUGGAUGCAAAUGAUAACCAGGACCUAUUUUGUAAUGGUGAUGAAUCUGUACGGGUCAUGUCUGAACCUGAUCCGCCCACUAUAAGGAAGGAGGUUGACCUAGGAGAUCUUUCUAUGGUUAAAAUUACAAAUCAAAACGAAGCGUUCUCUCAGAGACAUGAAUUAUUGGUGCAAUCUGCCGAGAAAGUUCCACCUAUUCCUAGCAAUUCAAAUUCUCGCAAUUCAGAACUGUCUUUUGUAACAAAUCUUGAUGCGAUGACUGAGAAAUUACUUGGAACAGAAUUGACUGACACAACAGAAGUACCAGCUGAUCUAGCCACUCAAGUGCGAAUUUCCGCCAUGAUGUUAGCCCAAUUAGACAAGUCCCCACAACAAUUAUCUGAUACCACUAAUCAGAUCCGAGCCAAGAUAAUCGCUUCCAUGCAAGAAGUACAAGAUAGGUUUGGAUAUUACGACCUACAAUCUGUCCAUGGCAUGGCUGGUAAGCGUAAAUUGGAAAACGAUUUGAAAACAGGAGGCUUAUCGAUGACUGAUAAAAAGGACACUACUUAUUUAGGCGAUGACUGGACUACUAAGAAAGAAAAAAUUCGUAGUGCAUCUCAGUACGGUCAUUUCCCAAACUGGGACCUCUGUUCUGUUAUUGCAAAAUCUGGUGACGAUUUGCGUCAAGAGGCCUUUGCUUGUCAAUUAAUUCAAGCAAUGGCAAACAUAUGGAGCCAAGAAAAGAUUGACGUUUGGGUGAAAAGAAUGAAGAUUUUGAUCACCAGUUCGAACAGCGGACUAGUAGAAACUAUAACCAAUGCUAUAUCCGUGCAUAGUAUCAAGAAAUCCCUAACAAAACAGAUGAUCGAAGAAGGUGAAUUAAACGAAAGGGGCUCCAUUGCCACACUAUGUGAACACUUUGUCCGCUCCUUUGGCGAUAAAAACAGUUUCAAAUAUAAACGUGCCCAAGACAACUUCGCAUCAAGCCUAGCUGCCUAUUCUCUUAUCUGUUAUCUUCUACAGAUCAAAGAUAGACAUAACGGUAACAUCAUGAUAGACAACGAAGGCCAUCUCGUUCACAUUGAUUUCGGAUUCAUGCUAUCAAACUCCCCUGGCUCAGUCGGAUUCGAGGCUGCCCCCUUCAAAUUAACCCAGGAAUACGUCGAUGUUCUGGGCGGCUUACAAUCUGAGCCAUAUAAAAAGUUUGUUCGCUUAACCAAAGAGGCAUUCAAAGCCCUACGAAAAUAUGCUGACUUGAUUACCAGCAUGUGUGAAGUCAUGCAGAAAGAUAACAUGCAGCCGUGCUUCAAUGCCCGCGAUCAAACAAGCGUUCAACUACGCCAACGCUUCCAUACUGAGCUAACUGAAGAAGAAUGCGAUGAUUUCGUGGAGAACGUUCUAAUCGCCAAGUCUCUCGGUAGCAUUUACACCCGCCUAUACGAUCAAUUUCAAUUAAUGACACAAGGUAUAUGCACGUAG